GACGCCCUGGCGAGAGGGGAGCUGGCGCCUUUCCUCAGCGAUGCCCUGGUCCUGAGGAGCACCUUCCUCCGCGUGCAGGUGGAGAACAUGCAGAGAGCCAGCGCCCACCGCACGGCUCUGCCCCUCCGGCAGGUCAUCUACGGGCUGCUCCUGGGAGCGUGCCCCAGCACGGGCAGCGAGCCGCCGGGGGUGUGUGAAUACGACCGGCUCCAGACGACACUCAAGAAGACGUACGUUCCAGCAGCGAGCCUGCCCCGAGACCCCUGUGGUGACCCCUUUCCUCUGGAGAAGCUGACGGAGGUGCCCAUGUCGUGUCGUCAGAUGCUUUUGCUGGAGACUCUGGGAGUGAAAAUGCAUUUCCUGGAGUCUGUCCCCAGUCACUUACAGCUCCCCGUGGCCGUGACGUGCUACUGGGUACGCUGUGCAGAACCACCAGUGCAGCUGCAUCAGUUAAAGGCUUUACUUCUCACUGUGGUGUCUGGAGAGCUGCACAGGAUAACGAAUGAUCCAGUUGUGUGUGCUGAAGAUGAGAGGGUUGCACACAGUGAGUUUCUGAAGUGGAAGGAGCAGAAGUGGCGAGACGCAGAGUUCGACGUGGAUGCCGCGCACGGGUUCUGCCAGUGGCAGUGCUGCCUGCAGAUGGGGCUGUACCUCAACCAGCUCCUCUGUGCCCCUCUCCCCGAGCCAGACCUGAGCAGCCUCUACAGUGGGACCCUCGUGCACAGACUGUAUCAGGAGCUCAAAUCAGCACCUUCGCUGGAAAAUCUGUUUAGAUUCUCUCCAAAAAUGACUCUGCUCUAUCAGGUUUUGUUAAAUACAGUGGAGUCAACUGUACCUGCAGACUUCUUUCAGAAGAUGACCAAGACCAAAUCAGAGUCCUGCAAAAAGAAGAAAGCAUCUAAGAAAAAAAAGCCUGUCAGGUGUGCUGUGCCUGAAGCUCAGCCCUUCUGCACAGGAAAUAGGUUUGCAUCCCUGGCAGUGGAGGACUGA